UCAAUUUCCAGAAUGAUAUGGAGGACAAUACGGUGCCAGAGAUACAAAGGACGAAUCUUGCUAGUGUGGUACUUGGUUUGAAGAGUCUUGGAAUUGAUGAUCUGUUGAACUUUGACUUCAUGGACCCUCCACCUGCUGAAGCUCUUGUUAAGGCUUUGGAACUACUAUUUGCUCUGGGUGCCCUAAAUAAAUCAGGUGAACUGACCAAAGUUGGGAGAAAGAUGGCUGAGUUUCCCCUUGAUCCUAUGUUGUCCAAAAUGAUUGUUGCUUCGGAGAAGUACAUGUGCUCUGAUGAGAUAAUCUCUAUUGCUGCUAUGUUGUCUGUGGGAAGUUCUAUCUUCUAUCGUCCCAAGGACAAGCAAGUUCAUGCGGACAAUGCAAGGAUGAAUUUCCACACGGGAAACGUGGGAGAUCACAUUGCUUUGCUAAAGGUAUAUAGUUCGUGGAAGGAAACAAACUACUCGACUCA